UUGUAGGUGAUGAUGGCGGAAGAGGAGCUACGUUGAAAUUUCUCGGGAGUUUCCUUGUAUAAAACGCCCCUGUCAGACGCUCGUCAGCAGAUCUCGUCUUUCGCGUCCGUCUCACUCUGAGGGACGAUGGGGAAUGAAGCCAGCCUUGAAGGAGAAGGCCAGCCGGGGCAACCGGGCGGCGCUGUGCCCGCGGCUGGAGCCCCGGCUUCCAUUUCAGCACCGGCGGGCGGUGGACAGCUCCACAAGCCGAGCAAUGGAGCGCCUGUUGGGGGAACGGGCACCGGACACGGACCGGGAAUUAACAGUAUUCAAGGCAAACCCAAUCAGACAGACCCGAACAUGGGCCCCAAACCCAGUGGUCCGCCGGGUGUGGGACCUGUUCCCGGAGCUCCGGCACAGUCCCAGGGAUCUGCUCAGAGUCAAGCAGCACAGAAGAAUCUCCGGGUGGACAUCGGUAGCACCAAAGGCGGGCACCCGCCCUCCGUCUCGCCCGUUGGCAGUGCACCCACCUCGCCCUAUUCCCUGCCCCAGAUUGCGCCCAUGCCCAGCAGCAAGCUCUGCCCGGUGUGCAAGACCGCAGAUCUGACGGGCACCACGGACGGUCAGCCAAACUGCAACACCUGCACGCAGUGCCGCUCCGCGGUGUGCAACCAAUGUGGCUUCAACCCCAACCCUCACCUCACUGAGGUCCAGGAGUGGUUGUGUCUGAACUGUCAAAUGCAGAGGGCCCUGGGGAUGGACAUGGACACGCCACGCUCCAAAAGCCAGCAGCAGAUUCACUCUCCAUCCCAGCCCAGCAAACCUCACCCGUCAGCUCAGCCACAACCUCAAACACAACCCCAUCCUCCUGCAGAAACUAAGAAGCCCGUCCCUCAAGCUGUCCCUCAAAGUAAACCUCCUGCUCCAGGCGCUAUCCCUCUUCCAGGCAUGGCCAAAGCUCCUUCCCAGCCUGACCUCUCCCGCUCGGGCCCCGGAGCCCAGCCCCAGGCCCCACGGCAGGACCACACUCGCAGUGCCGGGAGCUCACCGUCUCGCCAGCCGCCACCGCCAGAACAACCCUUCGGGAAGCUCUUCGGUUUCGGUGCUUCGCUCUUGAACCAGGCCAGCAACUUGAUGUCCGUGGAUCCCGUGCAAAAUAACCCGCCCGGCCAGCAACCUCCGUCGCCCAAACCCCUGCAGAAACAAGGACCUCCGGGGCCCCCACAGAAACAAGGACCUCCGGGGCCCGGUCCGGCAGUGGCGGCUAAACCGGCGGCCCAGCCCGGUCCCCCGCGGCAAGAAGCUACACCCAAGCCCAAAGUGUUGUGUCCGCUGUGUAAGACCGAUCUAAACGUCGGGGAGCCAGCCAAGCCUCCAAACUACAACCUCUGCACUGAGUGCCACAGCCAAGUCUGCAACAUGUGCGGGUUUAACCCCACGCCUCACCUGACCGAGAAGAAAGAAUGGCUGUGUCUCACGUGCCAGACUCGGCGAGCAAUGUCAGGGAGCUUAGGGGAUGUGGCACCCCCUGCGCCACCAACGGUUGGAUCUCCUCGACAUCUGGGCCCUGCCAAUCAACAACAGCCGAGAGGACCCAAUCAGCAAGCUGCGCUGAGAUCUCCCGGCCCUCAGCAGCAAAAGCCACCUGGUGCCCAAGUAAGUGGUCCUUUCCCUCCGGCAAAACAGGGGGCGCCACAGUCCAAAGGCCCCCCACAACAAUUUCCUGCAACCAAAGCUGAGACACAAAAACAAGAUCAUGGCAUUAACAAGAAACAAGCUAUGUCUAAAACAGAAAAAGAGGGAGACAUCAGAGCAUCGUCUAAAAAGGGAACACCGGAUAAAAAAGAUGAGAAGAGAAGUAGUGGCAUGCAGAAAUCUAAACAAGAUGACGAUUCCAACAAGUCAAGCACACAGAGCCUGAGUGAUACCGGCUAUUCCUCAGAUGGAAUAUCCAGCUCUCAGAGUGAGAUUACUGGUUUGAUCCAAGAGGACUCCAUGAAACUUAAUGAGAGGGGGAUCAGUGACCAGCGCAGCCCUCCGAGUCCAUCAGAAUUAACAAAACUGGAAAGUUCAAUGCGACCUCUGUUGGAGUCGCAUACAGCCACUGACCAGCAUCGUGAUGGAAGGGACUCCACGAGACCUCGAUCUCUGACUAUAACACAAGAUCAGGAAUUUGAAUCUGAUGAAGAAGCGUCAGAUGAUCUCAGCUGUAAAUUACGACAUGACUAUGUGGAAGACAGCAGUGAAAGUGGCCUUUCUCCUUUACCGACCAGACAGAAGAAAUCGCAAAAAGACCUUAGAGAUGAAGAGUUCAUGCGGAGACAGAUUCUAGAAAUGAGUGCAGACGAGGAAGAAAUGGCAGAUUUUGAGGGCCACACAAAGACAAAACGCACCCAUAAACACAGUGGAGAGCUAGGGAAGGAGAGACGUCGCCUCACACAGCAAUCUAGCAGCUUUGAAGAAGACACAAAAAGCACCGAUGCCACGUACAAGUCGAGUGAGGCAGAUGACAUGAUGGCCUCACAAGGUGGCCUGAGAAGAUUUAAAACUAUAGAGCUUAAUAAUACAAAUAGCUACAAUCGUGACAUGGAACUCAGCACAGAGCAUGACCUCAGGGAGCCUGAGCUUGAGAUGGAAAGCCUUACUGGAUCACCGGAAGAAAGAUCAAAGGGGGAAUAUUCCUCAACGCUUCCUGCAACCACACCAAGUUAUACCUCCGGCACUUCUCCCACCUCUGUGUCAUCAAUGGAAGAUGAUAGUGAUAGCAGCCCUAGCAGACGACAAAGGCUUGAGGAGGCAAAGCAGCAAAGAAAAGCAAGGCAUCGAUCCCAUGGUCCACUAUUGCCCACUAUUGAGGACUCCUCAGAAGAAGAUGAACUGAGAGAAGAGGAAGAGCUCCUGAAAGAGCAGGAGAAGAUGAGAGACUUAGAGCAGCAAAGAAUUCGCAGUACUGCCAGAAAAACUAAAAGAGACAAGGAGGAACUGAGGGCACAAAGACGCAGAGAGAGAUCAAAGACGCCUCCUAGUAACCUAUCACCUAUUGAAGAUGCAUCCCCAACUGAGGAGCUCAGACAAGCUGCUGAAAUGGAAGAGCUUCAUAGAUCAUCUUGCUCAGAAUAUUCUCCCUCUAUGGAUUCAGAGGCAGAAGGAUUUGAAAUGGGUUCAAAGCUAUAUAAAUCUGGAAGUGAAUACAAUUUACCUACAUUUAUGUCACUGUACUCCCCAACAGAGAAAACCUCUGCUGUGUCACCAUCAGCACCAGACAAAUCCUUAAAAAGUGCUGAAGAAGUUUAUGAGGAAAUGAUGCGAAAGGCAGAACUGAUGCAGAAGCAGCAGCAACGAACACCUGGAAGACAAGGACAACAGGGAAGGGUCCUUCAGCCAGAUAGCAAACACCAUUUAGAUUCUGGAACAGGAUCUUUAAGUCCAGGCACAAGUCCAACCCAGGUCUCUGCUCCAGUUCCUUUCUCUGGAAAUGAGGGCAGAGGGACACAGAGGGUGCCUGGUCAUUCACAACAAAAUCAAGGCAGAAUAACCUCCCAAACCUCCAAAGUAGGGCAUCUAGCUGGAACCCCACAAUCCCAUGUUAGGCAGCCUGCUCCCACACAACCUCAAGGAAAACAGGCUGUUCAGGGGACAGUACAGGGUCAAGUACCUGAUCCUGGGGCAUCCUCCCUAACAUCUAAGAUGUUCUCAUAUCUCAAAGGCUCAAGUCCUACCACAUCUCCUUCUGCGUCCCCCACACAAAGUCCUACUCGUACCCCUGCACCUACGUCCACAGUGGCACCCACUCAAACUUCACAGAUCCAUCAUAGAGCUGGAGCUCCACGUCUUGCAAGGCAGCAGUCAUCCCAAGAAUCCCCUGUUAUAGUGAUUACAUUAGCAUCAGAAACCAGCAGUCAGCCCACCAAACCAAUGACUGUGAAUUCAUCCACCUCACCUUUAUCCUCACCAACAAAAGAUGGCCAACAGAAAAUGUAUCAGACAGAACAUACAGCAAAAUCACCCACAUCUCCACAGAAAUAUCAAUCACCUCAGCAUAGCAUGCAGAGGGCACACGCUUCCCCUUCUGUUGGAUCCCAAGGCAGUGGUAACAUAUCCUUGUGUAGAAUUUCUACAGUCCCUGGCACCUCACGAGUUGUGGAGCAAGGAACUAUUGCUUCUGGUAGUAAUGUCAUGGAUCUUAGAGCACCAAUGAAGCCUGCCCCAAUCAUCAUGACAGACCAGGGAAUGGAUUUAACAUCACUGGCUUCUGAUACACGAAGGUACUCAUUUGAUGGAGAAAAGCCUUCAAGUCGCUAUACUGCUGUCCAACCUCUUAUCAUGAAUUUAAAUGCACAAGCACAACCUCAAGUGACAGCAACAACACCAACAACAGUCAGUGUGACUGUGGCAGCAUCAAUGUUCAUAUCACAGCCAAAGCAACCAGUUGUGUAUGGAGAUCCAUUGCAAAAUAGAGUUGACUUCGGUCAAGGAGCUGGAUCUGCAGUUUGUCUCACCCAGACCAGACCACUGAUUACAGACCCAACCAUUCCAAAAAUUGAUGCAUGUCUGGAAAAUCUGGGAAUUCAACAACAGCAGCUUCAAAAGCAGCAACAAAAGCUUCAGCAACAGCAAGAGCUUCUUGAGCAACAGCUCCAGCAGCAUCAACAUAAUGCUUCUUUUGCCCGAUACAACUUAGCUAAUCAAGUCCAACCAAUUUUAUUAAAGAAGGAAUUAGUGGUAAGUCAGAGCACUGGUGGAGGCACGCAAACAGUGGUCAGUUCCGUUUCCAAGAUAUCUCCACUUCCUCCACCAACAUUAUCAUGUUCUACAUCUUCCACUCCUACACUUGGUCAUGAUAUAUAUGGCGGGGCAGCUUUGGAAUUGAAGAACAAGCCUGCUGUAAUGAAUCUAUCCACAGGAAUGCCCCAAGUACUGAUGGUACAGUUGGAUGAGAGUAAUGCUCAGGGAGCUACAGUAACCCAGCUUGUUAAAAGAGAUGAGCCCCAACCACCAUUGGAGGUCCUGGAUCUCACAGGGCAGAUUAAACCAGAGAACCAGAUAGCUUGCUGUGAUGUUGUCUAUAAUUUGCCAUUUGCUGGUAGUUGCUCUGGUUCUUUCGCUCAGAGAAAUAAACCUACGGAUGUUAAUUUUUCAACAGAGGCAUCCCAAGCUCCCGGGCUGCAACCAGCAAAUAUACAGGGGGCAGAUGAACGCAAAUCUUUUACCUUGCCGCCUCCAGGACGACUUCCACCAUCAAUGUCAGAGGACAAUCUAACAAAUUCAGGUCUCCAAUAUUAUCAGAGGACUGAUCCUGGGGAUCUAGCAGUAGAUUUAAGCACCAUGAAACAAGCCUAUGAAGCAGGAUAUCUGGGAAUGGGUGCCCAGUAUGGAUCUUACACAGACCUACGCCAUCAAGGUGAUGAUUCAGCUCCACCAUUACCUUUAAGAAGAUAUGGUUCAAUGUCUAAUAUAAAUGCAGAAUAUGGCUAUCCAUCUCGUGAUCUUGGGGUUUUUCAAGAAUCCAAUCUUGCACAGUACAGUGCCACCACAGCCAGAGAGAUUAGUAGAAUGUGUGCUGCUCUUAAUUCCAUGGAGCAAUUUGGUAGCCGUUACACUAGCAAUCCUGAGCUUCUGCAAUAUGGUGCUGGCAGGGGUGGUCCUGCUGGUAGACUCAAUCUUCAACAAGGCCUAGCAUCUAUCAGAGCCAACCUGUUGUAUGGUCCUGAUGGCAGACCUACAAUGCACAGUCAAACACUUACAAAUCUAAUCAAUGCUAGACAAGCUAGUUUAAGGUCAUUAUAUCCCCAAACGGUAAGAACAGCUGAUGGCAUGAUAUACUCUACUAUCAACACCCCAAUAGCCUCCACUCUUCCAAUUACAACUCAGCCUGCCCCUGUUCUCAAUCCCAUGCUAAGGGGAGUAUAUGGACCUUCAACCAAUGUAACUGCUGUUCCAUUGGCUACUCUCACCAGGUUGCCUCAAGUAACCCCAAGAAUGCCACUUACUUCACAAGGACCUUACAGAUAUCCUUCACCAAACCAUUUCUCUGCAACAGGUCCAGAGACUUCCUCAGUUAAUGCACCACCUGCUGGUUUCUCACAGCAGGAUGCUCCAGUUUACCUGGGAAAGCCUGCAACAUCUAGCAGUAUGUCAACAACAUCUCCAAAUGCUGGUCAGACCAGUGCAGUGGCUGGUAAAUCAGUCGUAAAUGAACAGGGUCCAUUGGCUCACAUUUCAGCAGAGAGUACAACAACACAACUCCAACCACAGACCCAACCACAAUCAUUGGUCAAAGGUCAAGAACAAUCCCAAGCUCAAUGCCAGUCUCAGACACAGCCUCAGACAGUGCCACAAAAACAGACACAGAGAGUCUUUCCAGAUACUGCUGCCAGUACCACUAUAACCACAUAUGCCAGUACUGACAAAGAAAAAGAAGAGGAACGUCUGCGACUGCAACAGGAGCAACUCUUGCAUCUAGAGCGAGAACGUGUUGAGUUGGAGAAACUCCGUCAGCUGCGUCUACAAGAGGAGUUGGAGAGGGACCGCAUAGAGCUCCAGAGGCACAGAGAGAAAGAACACAUCCUUAUGCAGCGAGAGAUACAAGAACUCCAGAACAUCAAACAGCAGGUUAUUCAUCAGCAACAGUCUGAAAGAGAAACCCAGUUGGUGAUGCAAAGAGAGCAGCUAGCACAGCAGCGGAUGCAGCUAGACCAAAUACAGUCCCUGCAGCAGCAGCUCCAACAACAGCUUGAAGAACAGAAGAGACAAAAGAGAGCAGCCAUUGAAGCGGCAGCUGCAGCGGCAGAUGCUUCGGCGACUGCUGCAGUAGCAGCUACAACAGCUCAAGGUGGCAUUCAAGGUGUAAUGGUUGGUGGAGCUUCACCUCAAACCAUCUCAAUUAUUUAUGAUCAAAUUGGUAGAAUUAUUCCACAAGAGGGCCAGAGUGUGCAGAUCUUACCUUGUGCUGAUGGGCAGGUUGUCCAGGCUGUGGUGUCCACUAGGCCUUUGCCUAGCUCUGCCUCUGAAAUGUCUCUAAAGAGUGAAGAUCAGGCAGAUGGCCGGAUUAUGAAGAAACAAAACUCAAUGCCCCGUUUGAGGAAUGGGACAGAGGAUGAAUCAGUCAAGAGAAUUGCAGAUAGCAGUGUCCAAACUGAUGAUGAGGACAAUGAGGACAAACUCAUGUCUCGCCGCCGUAGAACCAGGCGAAUAGCCGACUGUAGUGUUCAGACUGAUGAAGAGGACCAGGGUGAGUGGGACAAUCAGCCUAUACGACGCAGGCGCUCAAGAUACUCUAAACACUCUGAUUCAAGUUCAGACCCUAAGAGUGAUGCGUCUAAAGUUACAUCUAGCAUUGCCAUUCAGACCAGCAAUGACUCUUCAUGCCAGACUGAAUCAGAUCAGUUAGGCAGAAUAUCUCCAGCCAUACACAUUACCAUGGCUGAAACAUCAAAGGUUGAACUCCUUCACUACAUAUCUGCACCAGAAAGAACCCAUAAAGGUGAGAGUUUGGCUUGUCAAACUGAUCCAGAAGCCCAGUCGCAGGGAGUUGUUGCUCCUCAGCUCAGUGUUCCCACUACUGUUAGUCCCUAUUCCACUAGUUUGCAGUUAGUGGGUGGCACUCCAACUAAAUUUGAAAGAAGAAAGCCAGACCCACUAGAUAUUGGAUAUCAGCAGAAUGAGUCUCCAUCACGUCACCCACCAAAAUCUCCCCAAGUGCUGUACUCGCCAGUGUCUCCACUGUCACCCCAUCGUAUGUUGGAGACCACCUUUACCUCCAGUGAGAAACUUAACAAGGCACAUGUAACUCCCCAACAAAAAGCAUUCAAUGCAGAGUCACCCCAGCGACAUCAGACUGUUCCAAGGCCUAUAAAGAACGUUCAGAGGUCAUUGUCAGAUCCUAAGCCUCUCAGCCCAACAUCAGAGGACCCAAGCAAAACCAAGUUCUCACUAUACCAAAACCAAGCCAUUCCAGGGAGCCAGAUGUCUGCCCUCCAGCAGAACUCAAUGAUGAGAAAGGUGAAGAGAACGCUUCCCAGUCCCCCUCCAGAUGAGACGCCUCUACCAAUUGUAACACCGGCAAUACCUCAGAUAUACAAUUCACCCGGAAUGUCCCAGAGGGUCAUACCACGUUCUGCACACGGUGCCAUGAAGGCGGGCUUGCUAAGUGAACUAAAAGCUGUGGAACAAGAGUCCUCUAAACUACGCAAACAACAGGCAGAGUUAGAGGAAGAGGAGAAAGAGAUUGAUGCCAAACUACGUUGCUUGGAAAUGGGCAUCACCCAACGCAAGGAGACCCGAGUUAAAGAGAGAGAGCGACGAGAGUUGGCGUACAUACGAUGCAUAGGAGAUGCACGUGACUACAUGUCAGAUAGCGAACUGAAUAAUUUGCGACUAGCUGGGGUAGCAGCAGGAGCCUAUGAAGAAAAUGGACUGUUGUCACGUCCAAGUACAACACAUCUUAACCAGUAUACUGCUGAUUUGAAUGCAUCUCAGUAUCCCCCGACCUCCUCAUAUGUUCCAUAUCAAUAUCCCCAGUCCCAGCCCACACAACCACCCACUGCACCCUACCAGCAAAUUGGGUUCCAGCCACCACAAUACCCAACCUCCUCACAGCCCCAGCCUGGAACCUUCCAGCCUCAUCCUCCUCAGCCUUCAUCUUAUCAGAACCAGGCACCAUACCCAACUCAUGGCUACAGUCAGCCUCCUUAUGAGUCUGAUAUUGGUUUGCAGCAACCCAGUCACCAGGGCUUUCAACCACCAACUGCAACUUUACCCAGCCAGACCCUACCUUAUCCAUCGCAGGGCCUGUCUUACCAACCCCAACCUGACAUGCAUUCUGUCCAUCAAAGGCCAAGACAGACCUCGCUUGCUGAUCUUGAACAAAAGCUACCCACAAACUACGAGGUUAUCAGUAAUCCUUCAGUACCGAUAGCCACAUCAGCUCAAGAGACAGGAUUCAGCGGUGCCUAUACCUCACCUCUGAAUAAUGCUUAUGGUCAAUACCGCACAUCUGACCAGCCUUUGACUGAGCGGAUCCAGAGUCCAUCAUCAGGAUAUGUGACCGACGGCGUCUAUGCCACCAACCUAGAGCAGAAUAUCCCCAGAAAUUACGUCAUGAUUGAUGAUAUCAGCGAACUGACUAAGGAGAAUAUGGGGUCUUCUGACAUGUCACGGGGUUAUGGAAACGAAAAUGGCACACGUGGACCAUCCUACGGGGAUGGAUCUGAGAAUAUGUAUGGAAGAACUACAAGCACCUAUCAGAAUGCUGUAGACAGCCAUGGACAUCCAGGUUCCAAUGUAAGCAGUUCUGGUUACUACUAUGAUGACUAUAAGCAUUCCUCUCGCAGCAGUGGUGGAAUGGGCAACCAAAAGCACUCAUCCAAAAAUCUGGCACCUGCUGUUUCAUCUAAGCGUAGCAAGCAUAGGAAGCAAGGCAUGGAGCAGAAGAUCUCCAAGUUCUCCCCGAUCGAAGAAGCUCGGGAUGUUGAGUCUGAUCUGGCCUCCUACACCAUGACAACAUCAACAGGCGGUAGCUGCACCGUGGUAUCCAGGACGGGUAGGAAGAGCUAUGAUCAGCAGAAAUACUAUGGAUCAAGAGAGGCAUUGGAAGAGGACGAUCGUCUAUACGGUUCUGGGCGAUCCAGAUCCACGGGUUAUGGAAUGGAUAAGAUUUCCUCCAGAGAUUCAAGUGGCUAUCGAAGUAAGUCUUAUGAGAGGGACGCCAUGGAACGGUCACAGGGGGGCAUGCAUAGUCGUAGCGGCCGUCCUUCCAUGCGUACGCAGAACUCAGAAGAAGAGAGCCCUCUCAGUCCCGUUGGAAAGCCAAUGGGUAUCGGUCGUGGGUCCGUGCCGGAUCCUCAUGAUACACGAAAUCAGUAUGGCUCUAGCCACUCCUUGCCAGAUGUUCAGGACCACCAUAUGAGGGAUGUGCCUAAAAGUCAUGUGUAUAAGCCGGAUGACCCUUACCUUGCUGAUGACAUGCACUGUGCUGUCUCAGAUAGUGAAGCCUAUCAUCUGGGUCAGGAGGAGACCGACUGGUUCGAAAAACCCCGUGAAGCUCGGUCAAGGCACCACGGGAGCGGAGGUCAUUCGUCCUCUGGCAGGAGAAGCAACGUUAAGCACACUUAUCAUGAUUACGACGAGCCCCCUGAGGAAGAUUUGUGGCCUCAAGACGAAUAUGGGCAUCAACGGCAUUCGUCCUCAUCUCGGGACCACCGUCACCAUGGCAGCAGCUCAGGGAGGCACUCCUCCUCCCGACAUGCCUCGGAUGAUCCCAGGUCAUCACGUUCUUCACGGUCCCAUCCGAAAGAUCCCUCCGCUCGUUCGGACAGCCGUGUCAACUCGUCCUCUUCACAGAAAAGAUCCUCCGAUCCGCGAUCUGCUAGCCAACGAGACUCGGGAGACUACUCCCGGGAUCCAUCUGGAAACCAUCAAGGCUCAAGUGGACAACGGGGACAAAGGCAACCGGGUUCAUCUAGGAGGCAGGAGCCACCUUCUGGAUCCAGGCAGCAGCAUGGAGAACAGCCACCACCAUCACAGCACGAACAUCAACGAUCUACACCAGGCCAGCAAUCAUCUGCCAAACAGCCAGGGCCUCAGCCACCUGAGGCAACACAGCAAGGACAGCAACAAUUGGGACAAACAACUCGUACACAGCAGCAGUCACAACAGCCAGCGACCACAAUGGGAGCAACUCAGCCCACCACCACAGUUCCUGGCACAGGAACGGGUACAACUCAGCAGCAACCGAAGCCAGGUCAGGCUCCAACACAGGCAAGACAACAGCCAGGAGGACCACCCACUGCCCAGCCGGCUGCUCCUAUGGCAAAACCAGAAACAGCUGCGCCUGCUGCCGCACCAACUCCUGCAGUCGCUAUUGGUUCAAAAGCAGCACCCCAGACUGCAAAAAUACCCCAGGCUCCUGUCACAGGAAUCGGGUCAAAGGCAACACCCCGGCCAGGGGGGAUAGGCAGCGCUGCACAGCCGCCGGCAGAAGGGGACAAUGUUCUCACAAAGAUCCUGCAAGGCGGAGCUGCGGAACAAGCGGGGAAACUGGGAGAUGCUGUAUCUGCUCUCGGGAAGAAGUUUACUUCAUUUUGGUGAUGUGCUAGAAGCAAGGUUCGAGCUGAAAAAAACUAUGAAUUUGUAUCUGCCAUUCGACAUCUUCGGCUGACAGCGGGGUACACCUGAGGACACUGAUGAAUCAUUCAAGUAUUCCAGUGUGCAUCCACUAAGGGGAAUUUCAGAGGCACGGUCGACUAGGUGAGGUCUAUUUAAGCACCAACACUGGAGGCUAAAUCUCUCUCCGAAACCUUUCCUUAACUGUCCAUCAAUCGGUUGCAAUUCCCAAAACGCCAAACUCAGUGCUCAGGUGUCCCCCCUUGUUCUCAAAGCCGCGUGAGGUUGUCUGGCAGCCACAGAUCUUAGCCUUUCGCAGUUCAAAUGAAGACUUACUUCGACGUGAGGACACCAGAACGACGAAGAAUGACUAUCUACAAAGGCUUGGAAGGAACGAUGUUACAACGUUUAAAACACGUAUGCUCGAUUUCUACGAUCUUGACAUUCCAAUAUGGCGAUGAUUGACCCUCUCUCUAUGAAUGUUUUUGUUUCUUCCUUUUUUGUCACGUGUGUAAUGAAUGCAAAUGUGUAAACCGUGGACAUGGAAUGCACGCACAAAAUAAUCUAUAUGUAUACAUAUAUGAGAUAUAUAUAUGAAUCCAUAUCUAGACACCUUUUUCAGAGUCUUUAAGGGUGAAGCCAUGUGCACCUUGUGUAAAAAGCUGGUUCUUUCAUGUAGAGGUUGAAAUAAACUAUCAAUCAAGUCCCAAGGUCAGUAAUAGGUCAGAAUGUUCAUAUAGUCAUAUCCAUUAUUAAUCAACUAUUAAGCCAUUACUAUCCUAGAAUUCCCUUAUUAUUAUUUUUUUUUCAAUUAGCUUCAUAUCAGUUUUGCCUACGUUUCUUUGAACUUAAGAGCCUUACUAAUAUUUUUUACUUGUAUACCUCACAUUUUUUAUAAGUUCCAUAUCAUCCUUACUUGAUUUAUUUUGCACAACUGUACACUGCUGAACAUGUACAUAUAUAUCAUAAUCGCUCGGCUAAUGUAAAAUAUUGAUUUGUGUAUUUAUGGGUUUAUAUAUCUGGUAUAUCUUUGUUUAAUAUUUGGUAUUGUUAUUAUUUAUACUAUCACACUUUGCUCAUCGUUAUUGGUAAUCUAAUGUGUUUUAUAUCUAUAAACAUAUAAUUUGUUUUUUUCCCCUUAAAGCAAUAGCAUGCUAAUUCGUGCAGAGCACAAUGAUUUUGUUCUUAAAAGUUUCUCAGUCACAAAUCUGCUUUUGCCCGUCUUGUAUACGUAGACAGGUGAAAAAAACUCCAACAAACUACUACAUCAUCUUCUCCCACACACUUUCAAAUACACAUUCCUUCAAAAAAAAAACUCAUGAACAGCUCCAAACAUCAGCUUAGGAAGAGAGUAUGAACCCAUUUCCAAAUGUUCUAUGCAAUAAUUCAUGUAAAACCAUUUCCACUGUAACAUCCCUCACCAAUACUGCGUGACGGUGGGUUCCAAUACGAAUAAGGACGUGUUUGUGUUUAUCUGUAUUUUUGAAGACAUCAAAUUACUAGUUCUUCUUUUUAUUUUACCGGCAUGUUUAUGAAACCCGUCGUCUUCCCUAGUUUUCAGGGAAUCUGUUGCCAAAGGGUUAACUGUGUGGACUUGUUGGUCUUGGACAUCCUCCAUCUCUGUUGCUUGCGGCAUGAAUCUGCUCAGCUCUCUUUGGCUCUUUGUAGUGUCGUCAUCUGGUCUUUGUGUCUGCGGUACGAUCAGGCGAUAAGUCAGGCUUAUGCACUGGUUAUUCCAUCUCCUUCCACAGAAAAUGCUGUUUUAGAGCCGUUCCCGUGGCAUUUGGUUAUGGUGUCCGCAAAUAUGGUGUAACUGGUCUUUGUGCGUUUCUCCAAUACUUUGUGGUUUGAUGAAGAAGACCUACUCAUGAGAAGAAAAAAAGUGAAUGUCCCUUUGCUGGCCCUCGUGUCGUUCCGUAACACUCAAAAGACGUAAUUAAGAGAUGAAUAUCAAAGCCGUUUUGUACAAGAAGGCAGAAUGGUGACCACAACCGUCAAGCAAAUAUGUAAAGUCCCCAUUCACUUUUAUUCCUUGGAAAUGUUUUGAACAUCCUCCGAAACUUCUCCAGAGAAGAAAGAUAGACGUUAUAAGCAACUUAAGGGAAUAUAAAUGACGAUUCAAUCCAAACCAGUGCUCUGAAGAAGACACAAGAAAGCCUGCUAGUGCUUACUGUAUGUAGCAUGAAUUCACCUCCAUUCAUACGAAAAUCAGGGCAUGAACGUUGAAAGCACAAACUGUUCAUCACCAUGACCAAUUCGUCACAAGUUGCGUCGGGUAAAGGCGAACCUUUUCCUUUUUGAUACUGGAAUGAUGUUUAGUCAAUCGACGAUGAAGAACGACAUCACUUUUAACAUGGAGAUAUUCAAUAACAAGUGCAUGAGCCAAAGUUGCCACCACAAAAGCCGGCCACAGUGAUAGAUAGAAAUACGUGAAAACAAACAUCCACACAAACAGGCAUGUGCACGCACACACACUGUUACACACACACACACUUACUGUUGCUGUAAAUACUGACUUUGGUUAUUUUGUACAGUGUUUAAAUAUCAUGAGUAAAAUGAUGGCCGUCUUGUGCAACUACACACCGGCCCUGUUGCCAACCUUUUGUGCUUUUGUGUAUAAAAGAAUAAUGAUAAUUAUCGUUAUUAAUAUGAGGAAAAAAUCAUCGUAUGUGUUGCUGGCUCUCAAUGACUGUUGACUACAGAGGAAAAAAGCAUUCGAUCCGUGUAGGGUUCUAUACAUAUUGUGUUUGUCAAAUUGGAAAAUAUUGAAGCGGCUUCCAUCACGAUUGUACCCGAAAAGUGAGUUUAGAUGGAGGUAUAAUUUGUGUGAAUUAAAUUGGGAUGUAAAAGGCAAAACAUGUUAAAGGCAACACAAAUCCAGAUAAACAAUCUCACAAGUGAUUCACUCACUGUUGUAAGUGCAAUGGGAUUAAUGUGAGUCCAGUGUUCAUUGUGAAAUAUUGUGUUUUAUUUUAACGUAUUCCUGUUAAAAAGAUACAUUUUGGUGCAUCAUGUCAUGUAAUGUGAUUAUGAAAAUAUUGAAUCUGCAAUUUGUUUCCAGACUGGAGAAGAAUAAAGACAAAAAUGAAAAACGA